AUGCUUAUAAGGAGAUUAAGCAAUGCUUUGCUAAAGUAUCGAUUUUCCAAAGAAGCAGCAGAGCCUCAGCAAGUUUAGAGAGUGAAGGCACCUUUCGGGUUCACCCAAGUCAACUGCUUGGUGAUUCAUCCGAUCUUUUACCCUAAUAAAGGUCCUGAAUUGGAAUUGUACUUGGCAGAGGAAGCAGUGGGAUUGUCGAAAUCUUUAAAUUGGACACUUGAGAAGGGGCCUUUUUGGAAGGAGGAAUACUCAUAGAAAAUACGUAUUAGUCAGGGAAGGAACCCCCUCUAGGUAAAGGUGGAGAAUAAUGAAGAUGAGUUGAAAGAAGAGGGAUGGGAGCUUUCUAGCAAAGCGCAUUUAAGGAAUGGAGAAUAUAUAUACCUUCCAUUUUUAAAUGGAACAUAUGACGAUGGUCAAAUGUUAGUUGAUUUAUCCUCGGAGAGUGAUGAUGACUUAGGUCACGAAUGGAAGAAUAAAAUUAUACGGAAUUCAAUUGCUAAAUCUUCCUUAGUUAAAGUAAAAAGGAUCCAUUCAUCCACUUUUUUCACAAAAGGCAAAGUGGCCAUGUUGGGGGAACAUAUUUAUGAUAAGAAAAUAAAUGCAGUCUUUAUUAAUCAUGAGUUAACUCCUCUAUAAACUAGGAAUUUGGAGAAGGUGUGGACUCAAUAUGCUAAAGGAGAGAUCGCCACUUUUAGAAGAAGUGAAAAUCCUGAUGAUAGCGAUAUGGCAACUGAUGCAGAGACAGACAUUGAGUAUGAGGACGCUUAUGUAAAGGUGUUUGAUCGAUUCACUAUGAUUCUGCAAAUCUUCGCAAAGAGAUCUACACAAGGCGUAGCAAGAUAAUAGAUAGAGUUAUCAUUUCUGAAAUUUGCCAAGACUAAACUUGUGAGAAGUGGCAGUGCAUUUGCAUCUUUGUCUUCGAUAUUCUUGGGGGAUUUGAUGAUGGCAAAGGAAGUCUAUUUGGAGGUUGUGUCUGCGAAAUAGAGAAGAGCUUUGGGGAAGAUGAGUGGUUCAGGAGAGAGUGAAAUCUAAAUUUAAAGGAGAUAAAUAGAUGAGAGAAUAGCAAAAGUGCGUAGACAAAUAGAGGAGGAGGGUCUAUAAAGAGGUAAAUUAAAGUAGAAGAAAUUAAUACACACAGUCCCAAGGAUUGCAUUGAUUGGGUACACUAAUGCUGGGAAAUCAUAACUAUUAAAUUGUAUUUUACAAAAGGAGGUUGUUGAGAGUAAGGAUUUGUUAUUCCAGACUUUGAGUACUACAUCCAAACAAAUCCGAUUGGCAUCAGGACAGAAGGCUAUAAUGUUAGAUACCAUAGGAUUUAUCACAGAUCUUCCACAUGAUUUGGUGGAGUCAUUUAAAUGCACUCUAGAGGAAGUGGCUGAUGCUGAUAUUGUGUUGCAUAUAAGAGACAUCUCUCAUCCUUGUUCGGAACAGUAGAAGUAGGUUGUACUUGAGGUGUUGUAGCAAUUAGGGUUCAAUGAAGAGUUUUAUAGUAAAAAGAUGAUUGAAGUUUGGAACAAGAUCGAUUUGAUGAGAACCCCUAUUGAUUUCAAAUAGAUUCAACAGGAGACUUAUCCUAUUGUGCCUAUCAGUGCUCUAUUCAAUACCAAUGUUAAGUAAUUGUUGUAGAUCAUGGAGGACAAAUCAAAUCUGAUUAUGAAUAAAAGACCAUAUAAGUUGAGAUACAACAUCGAUGAACAUUAGUAGAGAUUGAAGUGGCUCUUUGACAAUGGAAAUAUCUCAGGAAUCAAAAAUGAAAUUCACAUCACUCCUGUAAAGAAAGGAAAUCCUACAGAAAUUGAGUAUGAAGUCAUUUUGGACGAGAUCACUUACAAUCGAUAUAUUGCAACAUUCACUCCUGAGUUGAGAAUCAAAAAAAACAAGGGAAUGCCUCCUCCUAAUUGGUGA